AUGAAGUUCCUUUUCAGAAAAAACGUGGGAUAUGCUUCUACUUGCAACGCUGUCGGCCAAACUGCUGGUUAUUUCCUUGGAAAUGUAGUGUUCCUGUCGUUGGAAUCGGCUGAUUUUGCUAAUACGUUCAUUCGCUCGGCCGAUAACCAGAAGCCAUACGGAAUAAUCGACUUAGCAGGUUUCGUCUUCUUUUGGGGCUGGGUGUUCAUCAUUUCGACGACGUUGGUCCUUAUUUUCAAAAAAGAAGUGGACAAUUCUGUGAAUUCUUCGGGCAAUGGAAAUGAUGAUGAAGAAGAGCUGGAGCUUGGUAUUGUAGAAACAUAUAGCGUCUUGUGGAAGAUUCUCAAAUUAAAGCCCAUGAUGAUUAUGCUGUUUAUCCUGCUCACAGGAAAGAUCGCGUUCGCCGCCACCGAUGGUAUUACUGGCCUGAAAUUGAUUGGCAUGGGCAUACCAAAAGACAGGCUAGCCAGUUUUGGACUGUUCUUAACACCGUUACAGAUAUUACUUCCUUGGAUGAUUGGAAAAUGGACUGCUGGACCGAGGCCACUCAAUAUCUUCUUGCUUGCGUACCCCUACAGGUUGUUCGUUGGAGGACUUUUCGCCGGUCUGGUUUAUUUCACACCGUAUUUCAAACUAGAUACUGGCAAAUUCAACAACGUCGUAUAUGUUAUUUGGAUAUUCGGUUACAUUCUUCACCAGGUAUUUUUACUAAAUUUUUCGCAAAUCGUUUUGUCAAUCGAUCAGUGUUAA